AUGGCCAGACUGCCGGCCAGCGAGCCUAGGCGGCAGGCGCAGCCCCAGCAGCCGCCGCCCCGCGCCUCCCCCAUGAGCGGCGGCGCCGACCCGGAGGGCAUGAAGGAUCUGGAUGCCAUCAAGCUCUUCGUGGGCCAGAUCCCUCGCAACCUGGAGGAGAGGGACCUCAAGCCCCUCUUCGAGCAGUUCGGCCAGAUCUACGAGCUCACCGUGCUCAAGGACCGCUACACCGGCAUGCACAAAGGAACAUUAGAAGUUGUUGCUGCACACUCAGAUCACAACAUGGUGCACGAUUCUAGAUCCAUCAAAAAGCUUGCACUCUUACACUGA